ACCUUGGGUAUCAACCAUCAAGUCCUUUGCCACUUGCUCUAGGAACGAUCAGUCAGGCGGAGAAGUUUUCAAUGGGCGCAUCGCGUAGAUUCAGCUCCUCGGACGGGCAAUAUUGUUGUGUGACGGGUUCGUCAGACGCUGGGCCAGAAAAAAGCCGGAAGCCGCACGCAACCAAACCCCGUGAACGGUGCCCUCUCCGUCGAGUCCGUGCUGCCGCCACGUCCUUAACAAAGCAUAAAUGCAUCUGUAUCCACCCACGCUCCCCCACGAACAAAACAACACUCCACCGCUCUGGGCUUCGACUUUUCAAAGAGCACACGUAUUUCCCUCCUCGUCACUUAAACCACCACAAACUGGAGCAGAAGCAUGAUGGGUGGAGGAAGUAGGGGGUCGAUGGGCCCUCUUCUGCUGGUGAACUUGGUCAUGUACGUGCUCGUCCUCGCCCUCGCCGGGUGGUCCCUGGACAAGUACAUCGACCGCCAGACCCACCGCCAUUUGGGCGGGAACAUGUCGACCGAGUAUCUGCUGAUCUUCGCGUUGCUGGCCGGCGCGGUGGGCGCAUGCUCGGUGCUGGCGGGAACGAUGCAUUUGAGGGCGUGGCGAAGCGACAGCCUGGCCAGCGCCGUCUCUGCUGGGCUGGUUUCUUGGGCCCUCACCGCCCUCUCAUUUGGCCUCGCAUGCAAGCAGAUCAUUCUGGGGAAUCGAGGGCGGCGUCUGAGGACACUUGAGGCGUUCAUCGUAAUCUUAACGUUCACGCAGUUGCUCUGCCUGAUGCUUCUCUGCGCCGGCGCGGUGAGCAGCAGCUACGGCCCCAGCUGUAGAAACUCGGGAGGCGGCAGCGGCGGCUCCGACUACGGAGUUAUGUCUCGUGAACAGAGGGAUACAACAGCAGCCUCAAAUGCUCCUCCGCAUGCGUGAGGAAGAGGACAUCAAUACUUUGUGACAUAUGAAUGAAACAAUUUUGAACUCCAUUGUAUCUUUGUUCUUAUAUAUAUACUGUACUGGAAUAGAUCGACGAGUAAGUAAAUUCGACGUAUUUGAACUUUU